AUGAAAUAAAAUUCUACAUGAAUGAUAUCUAUAUCUCGUGGCUAAUUUUAUAAACAUGUAACAGAGUCUAAUGACUUUUUUUAUUAAGUAUAUUAUGUGUUAGGUUAUUCCGUUAAUUAAAUUAUUGAAGUUAAUGUAUUUUUUUUUGUUUUUAGCCAAUCACUGUGUUUGUAAUAAGUAUGUAUCACUUAUUGUGUACGGCAUACACAGUUUAGAGAGGUUUUUAUAAUUGUUAUCCUCUAAAGCUGUCUCAAUGCCAAUAGUUGGUUUUGUUUAUAUUUUAAAUCCGACAUUAACAUGAUGAUCUAUUUCAUUCCUAAUAGCUUACUUGUUGCUUGCUUUAGAUUAUCAUGGCGAAAGAGAAAAGCAAGAAUAGUGAAGAGGAGUUACAAAAGAGACGAAUAGCAAGGAGAGAAAGAUACAAAAAACUAAAAAGUGACCCAGAAAAAUAUGCCAUUGAGAAAGCUAAAAAGAAGGAAGCUUACAUGAAACGAAAACGCGAGAAAAAAGUCAAGAGUAUCAAUGAAAUGUCUCCAAGAGAGCAAAGAGCACAAAGGAAGCGUUGGAAAGAAAAUUCUAAACGGUACCAGAUGAAGAAAACUAAAGAACGAAAGAUGCAAGAAGUAACUGUUUCACAGAUAAAUGAAGCUGUUGAGGAAAGAGAUGCUGAUGACGAUUCCAAUGAUCCGUUGAGCACAACAUACAUAACAGCAGAAAACAAAGAUAGCAAAGUGAAAAGAUUACAGAAUAGGAUUAAAACAUUAAAGUUGAAAUAUUACACAGAAAAAAGGGAAAUGACUUUGCUCAUAAAAAAAUAUCAGAACAGAUGCCAAAUUUUGACAAAUAAAAUUAAUAAAUUGGAAAAAAGGGGUCAAACCAAAGAACAAGCUGGUCUUUCUAUCUCUUCUUUCUUUAAAAAACGCAAAUCCAAUGUAG